AACUUUAAAACGAGGUAAAAAAAAAAUUAAGAAACUUUAAAACCUUCUCUCAGAACUGUUGAUCUUCCGAUUCUACACAGAACUGUUUACCUUCUCUCAUUUUCUCCGAAAAUCAGGAUCUGCAAAAGGAUACUAAUAAUGGCUGGAGCAGAGAGUCACUCCGCUUACUUGGAGACAAACUUAGGCACUAAUAUAGCUAUUCUCUUUCACGACGGCGAGUCCAUUACCGAUUUCAAAGAGAGACUUUGCAACAGUCACCGAGAAAAAUGCCCACAAUUUGGGGAAAUUAGUAUCUCUGGGUUUAAGGUUGAACGCGGUGGUCUGUUUUUUCAUUUAUCCGAUGAUGAUUUUCUGGGUUUUGCAAAGGCUCAUGAAGACUUGAUCUUGCAUGUUGAACUCCUGAGGGUUAAGACGAAGGAGAAAAGGCAAAAGGAAUAUCAAAUGAGGAAGAAGAGAAAGCUAGAGCAAAGGCAAAAGCAAAUCAAGCCUUUCAAGAACCGAGAUGAGAGUCCUCUCGAUAUGGGAAAUGUAAACUGUGCUGGUGCUCUGGAGGAGGCUCUUCCUAUGGAAAUCGCAAAUGACACAGAUGCUAACAAGAACAUUGCUGCUCUGGAGGAGACUCCUAUGGAAGACGCAAAUGUGAGGGUUGCUAACAAGGAUAUUGCUGCUUUGGAGGAGGCUCUUCCCAUGGAAAACGCAAAUGAGAUAGAUGCUAACAAGAACAUUGCUGCUCUGGAGGAGACUCCUCUCAAGGAAAACGUAAAUGAGAUGGAUGCUUACAAGGAUAUUGCUGCUCUGGAGGAAGCUGUUCCCAUGGAAAACGCAAAUGAGACAGAUGCUAACAAGAACAUUGCUGCUCUGGAGGAGGCUCUUCCCAUGGAAAACGUAAAUGAGAUGGAUGCUAACAAGGAUAUUGCUGCUCUGGAGGAAGCUGUUCCCAUGGAAAACGCAAAUGAGACAGAUGCUAACAAGAACAUUGCUGCUCUGGAGGAGGCUCUUCCCAUGGAAAACGUAAAUGAGAUGGAUGCUAACAAGGAUAUUGCUGCUCUGGAGGAAGCUGUUCCCAUGGAACACGCAAAUGAGACAGAUGUUAACAAGAACAUUGCUGCGCAGGCUCUUCCCAUGGAAAACGCAGAUGAGACGGCUGCUAACAAGAACAUUGCUGCUCUGGAGGAAGCUCUUCCCAUGGAAAACGCUAAUGGGACAGGUGCUAACAAGAUCAGUGCUGCUUUGGAGGAGGCUCUUCCUAUGGAAAACGCAAAUGAGACUAAUGCUAAAAAGGAUAUUGAAAUUAUUGAGCUCAGCGAUGAUUCUGAUGAUGAUAGAGUUUCCAAGCAAAUUCCGAUAGAGAAGUCUGAAAUUGUUGGUGGUGGUAAGAAGCAAGAUCAGACCGUUAGCUCAUCAUCAGACAGUUCACCAAAAUAUGUGUUGGUCAGAGUUACAGGACGAACAAAUAAGCUUUUGGGGAGAAUGUCAACUUCUUGCCGAAAGGCUCUCCUGAGAGAUUCUCAGUCACAUGACGAUGAGUUGUUGUCCGACGCUGAGAGCCCUGUAACGAAGAUGAUUUAAUCAGUGUUGUAAACAAGAAACCAGUAUCUCCCCUCUCUUUGUUUUGUUUUGAUGGAUUGAAAAGCAUGAACAAGUCACAAGUGGUUUUUAGCAAAUAUUAUUAUCAUGAUCUUAGCACUUCUGACUUAAAUUCUUCGUUGAUAACUCCCAAAACAAAAUACUUUCAG